CCAAUGCUAUUUCCCACCCUUAACCUUGCCUCUCUUCUAAUUUAAACCUCUCUCUGCUGCAAGGGAGCCUGCGAGAGAGGCACAGCACAGAGAGGGUUUGUUUUGCCUUGCCUUGGCUUGGCCUCCCCUCCACCUCCAUCGCUGGGCUGGGGAGUAUUACAUCCGAGGGCACUCCAUCUCUUGCGUCCCUUAACCCCUCCACCAAUCCAACCCCAAUCCCCUCCGUGCCUUAACCCCGCACCGAAUCCAGCCUUCGAAGCUUCCUCUUCCUCCCGGUCCCGGAGGCCCUGUUCUUGGUACUUAGGACAAGGACUGAUGGGCGACCAUCUCGCGUUGAUCGUGGACCGGCUGCUGACAGAGUCGACGCUGGAGGCGGCGAUCGGCGGUGGGAAGCGGAUGGUCGAUCUGCAUCAGGAGACGGUGGCCGUCGAGUACUGCCAUCGCGCCCUAGGCGGUGGCUCGGCAACGAAGGUGGUGGAGUGCAGGAUUUGCCAGGAGGAGGACUGGGACACCUGCAUGGAGGCCCCCUGCGCCUGCUGUGGCAGCCUCAAGUAUGCGCAUCGGAAAUGCAUUCAGCGGUGGUGCAAUGAGAAAGGUGACACCAUGUGUGAAAUAUGCCUGCAGCAAUUCAGGCCAGGUUAUACUUCUCCACAGCAGCUGUUUCACUAUGGUAGUAUACCAAUGAACUUCAGAGGGAACUGGGAGAUUACCCAGCAAGAUCUCAAUGAUUCCCAGAUAAUAACAAUGAUGCCCACAGAGCGUGACUUUAUGGACAAUUACGAUGACUACUUUCCUAUCAGGACAAGAAGCAGCGCCUUGUGUUGCCGGACAAUUGCCAUAAUUUUCAUGGCACUCCUGGUCCUUCGCCACACUCUUCCUCUCAUGAUUGGUGACAAUGGGGAGUACUCAUUGGCCUUAUUCGCGCUUCUGGUGCUGAGGACUGCGGGAAUCCUAUUCCCAAUCCUGGUGAUGGUGAGAGCAUUGGCAAGCUUCCACCGUCGACGGCGGCAGCAGGAAAGCCGGGAAGCAUAUAUAUCUUCAUCAGAAAGCGAGGAGGAAGAUGAAGACGAAGCGGAAGAAGAGGAUACAAUUACAGAUUCGGCACAUCCAAAUUACUCACAACCACGCUUCAUACCAGUCUACUGACAUGGCCAAAAACAAGCCUUCCAAGUUCCAACCUCCCAUCUGACGGGAAACUCCAGCACCUCCUGUGUGUAGCUGACAGAAGCAAGGAUGAUCACAAGGGAAAAAACAAAAAAAAAAUCUACAAAAAUGAGAAUGUGGUGACAUAGUAAGAUAGCCUGAAGCCACUCGCUUCUAUGCCUAUAGAGAAGAAUGUAGUGGCCCUGCUACUCGUGUACAUAUGAGAAAAUAGCAGACUACUGACAAACCCGGAUACUCUAACUUGUGAGCCUCAACUGCAGUAACCCUUGUGUACCUUGAAGAUAUUAUACUGUGCAAAGUACUUGCAAUUGCAAAUCGAAGUAACUGUGUUUCAGUUUCCAAA